UUUACGUUCCCCUAUAAACCAGCAGAGCCCAUCUUACAGGCGGAGGGGACGCAAUACCAGUUGGUUCAGAGCGGGAGGGAGCGAGCGAAAGAGAGAACCUAUAACGGUGAGAGAGAGAGAGAGGGAGAUCGAAAAGUUAGGGUUUUGAAAAUCCCAGUGAUUCAGAGGUCAGUGAGCGUGUAAAUCUCCCAAAUUUUGUUUUAUCUUUCUAAUAAUCUCUAAUUUUAUCUGAGUAGCAAAAAAAAUUGAAUAUAAUUGCUUAGAAUUCAGUGGAGGAAAAUGGUGGGUUUGACUUGGUAUUCGAUGAAGAUAAUGGCGACGACGAUGAUGAUGUUUGUGUGUGAGAAAGAGGUGUGCUUGUUGUGUGCCGAGAGCAAAGAGGAGUGUGAGAGAGAUUUAAGAGAGAGUGUUGUGGUGAGUUCGCGAGAGCCGAGAGAGCUAGCGUCAAGGGCUGAGAGCAAUGUUUUUCUUUUGAGUGUUGGGCUUUCACUCUGCGUCUUUCGGUGCCUUCUGUAGCUUGAAAUAUCAGAAUUCCCUAUGGAGCGAAAGCUGGUGAAUCCGUCAAUAAUUUGAUGUCUGACACUCACGAAUUGGGAGGCUCAACUGUUGUCGUUGAGCGGGCAACACCUAAGGAAGAUGACUUCCGGCCUGUAAGCAGAAUGUCACAGGGAGGAUAUGGGGCAGACAACGCUUAUUUAUCUGCAGCAACUAGGUAUGCAGCACUUGAUGCUCCUACCUUAUAUGAUCAUCCAGGAGAAUCUUCUCGAGGAAUGAGUAGUAAAAAGAUCUUUGUUGGCAGACUUCCUCCUGAGGCAACCACUGAAGACCUUCACCAGUAUUUUGGUAGAUUUGGCCGUAUAAUAGAUGUUUAUGUAUCCAAGGAUCCUAGGAAAGCUGGUCACAGAGGUUUUGGAUUUGUAACAUUUGCAGAAGAAGUCGUAGCAGAUCGUGUGUCUCAAAGAUCUCUGAUGCGUGUUAUGAACAUCUGAAAUUCUGAAUGCUUCUCUCUGUAGGAUCCCUGAAAGCUGGUCACAGAGGUUUUGGAUUUGUAACAUUUGCAGAAGAAGUCGUAGCAGAUCGUGUGUCUCGAAGAUCUCAUGAGAUUUUAGGACAGCCGCACAAUGUUCAAACUUCAAACUACAGAAACGGAUUUUUGUGAUAGAGGAUGAGGUUAUGUACCUUGGCCGUUACCCCUGUCAUUGCCGGUUGCACUCGAUUCUGCCACACCUGUUGGAGACACUGGUCCCAGUGAAAAUUUCAUGAUGAAUGUUCCUGAAUCUUGUGGGGGUUAUGGUGGUCCCAUGCGUACCUUUGGCAGGAUGUAUGGAAGCAUGGAAUUUGAUGAUUGUGGGGGUAAUGGAAUGCCUAGUGGAAGGCCUUCUAGGGGAGACUUGAGAUUCAGGCCAUACUGAGAUAACAAAGGCUAGUCUUUCAAAACUUCCAUUGCCUCUGAAGUUUAACUGGGAAGGAAAUGUGUUCUCCAUUCCAUUCUCUUCCCUUCUCUUCCAUCCCUCUCCCUUCUCUUCCAUUCCCCCAAACCCCUCAAUCCAAACACACUCUAAAUGAUUAUUUGGGCGGUGUUUCGAGUUAAGGAGAUAGAACAUCACCAUAUUCUUCUCUUUUGUGGAAGAUUAUUUAUGAGAGUUCAGAAGCAUCUGUACAGAAGUCAUUUGGAGAAGCAACAUUUACCUUGUCUAUAGAAAUACAGGAUCAUAGUGGACAAAGUUUUGUCCUUGCUUGAAGUUAUUAUGGCAACUUCCAUUCAUUUCAGAAGAAUACCUACCUGAACACAUGAUUGUCCAUGAAAGUCUUAAAGAUCAUCAUCCCAUCCAAUUACAG